GACCACCUGUUUCUCAUCAUGUCAUCACACAUUUACUUGCCUUCCCACUCAAAACUCGACGAACGGGUUGCGGAGGUGAUUCUUGGGGACCACACAACGCUCAAUACUGCGAACUUUGCUGUCCUUCGUUACAAAUAUCACGAAACCCAUAGAGCUGUAACUAAUGAGAUUCUCCAGUCAAGGUUGAAAGACAUCAGCAAUGCCGUAGGAAAGCAACUUAGCCGUCCGUCUAGGCAACCAGAGAUCAUGCGUAACAUAUCUGGAUGCAUCACCACCAAACCGGACGAGAUAUUCGCUAUUGUACCUGCUAUUUCUGAUCCCAAGACCCCCCAGCAGGCCACCAUCUAUAUUUGGGAGAACAAGGCGAAAAAGGUAGCGGGGCUGCUAGAGAAGGGAAUACACCUAGUGCUUGCGAAUGUCUCCUUCUCGGUGUCAGAAUUUGUUGAUUUCUAUGUGCUGCCAUUCAAGUAUGAGCAUUAACAUAAGAAACCACGCCGUACAUAGCUCAUAAAUUUGAUGAUCAUCGAUGUCUUUAAUUACAUGAUAUCUCG